AUGUCAACGUAUAUAAGAGGUCCAGUAUGUGGAGUUUCGAACUGUCCUUCACGGUUGUGGCGUAUCAUAGAUGGUAGAAGGACUUGUCAAUAUGGACAUGUCAUGGAAGGUGAUGUAGAGUUUAAUAACGAGGAAGACGAAGUCAAUGCGGGAGUGGUUACAAGAAGACUGAAUCUGACAACCAGCGCUACAGGAAACUUCCAGUCGAGCUUAAGUGGGUCUCAGUCCCAAAACUUGCAACGACCGGCGGGCGGCAAGAAGAUUUAUGGAAGUGAAGCAAACAUUUUAUUCCUGAAAGCAUUCCAAUUGAUUUUGAAGCAACAAUCAAGCUGGCUUAUACGAGAAAUGAAUUUCCCAACUGAAUUUGAUCAAAUCGUGAAGCUUAUAUGGAUGCAAUAUCUGAAAUGGAUUAAUGAAGAGGAAGUACGACAAGAGCCGUCGGAGAGUAACAGCAGUGACGAAGAAGAGAGUAGUGCUUACAAUAGUCGAAUGGCAUUGGGCCGAUUCCAGCUCAAUAUGUUAUCAGCGGUGACUAUCAUGUAUAUGGCAGCCGUACAUCUUGGGUUGCCUGUAUACACCAGCGAUUUCGUGAAGUGGAUCGCUUCAGCGAGAUUUCCAUAUUAUAAAGCUAUUAGGAAAUUGCCAGAAACCUGGAGGGAAAAGUUACCAAGUUCUCACCUGCGUCUACUAGAAGGUGAAAAGCCUCCCAACAAUGGUCAAAUACAGGCAAAAAUCUGCCAAACAUGUUUUAGGACAAAGUUUCUCAAAGUAUUUAACGGCAAAGUAAUAUGUGAAGGACUCGUCCUCAAACUUACCAUGCUCGCUGUCCUCCCGCCUGAAUUUUACUUCUUCACUGUGGGGUUGAUCACUAAUUUGGACAUCAAAAGCUACUACAACCUGAUAGAAUAUCCAUUUCUAAAAUUUCGCAAGUACAACUUAUGGCCAGAACUCCGAACGAUUGGAUUCUUCUUGCUGGCCACCAGGUGGCUCUUGAUGAGUGACAAAGAAACUUAUCCUUUGCAAUGGAUUCAGUCUCUCUCCAGGAGACCGCACGGGACAGAUACAUCUCGUGAUGCUACAAUUGACGAGCUCCUAACAGGAAUCUCAUCAAAGAGGGAAGAUGGAAAUGUUUUCGAAUGGUCUAAGGGCGAAACUUCGCAGUAUCUAAAGUGGAUUGAAGAUUCCUUCUUAUCAAUCCAACCAGAUGACCCCAAAAUGAAAAUCGACCAUAGAAUUGCCAAAAGGAAAUUGCUCAAGAUUUUUCCCAUAGACAGUGAUACAACGACAAGUGUAACAAUAAAUGCUGAUCAAUCAAAUUUCGUCGAACAAUUACAAGAAAAAUAUCUCUACUUUUUAUCUGAAGUCGAGUCCCAUUGGAACGAACAAAUAGUAGAGGAUGAACAACAAAGAUUGACGAGCAUAAUGGAAUUCGAAAAGAUUCUUAUAAAGGAAAUAGCAAUAGCAUUUGCACUAUCAAUGGAACAAAUCGUCACAGCUGUCCAAGAAAUCAGCAAAUGGUGUUCUGCCCGAUCCGCUACAAAUCAAUGA